AUGAACUUCAGCAGGGAGGUGGCCCGGCAAACCAGUUGUUAUACGUAUGUGAUAGAGGAUGAAGAUCCAGCCCUGGCAAGCCUUAACGUAUUUGAGUUGGCCGAGAAGGGCGACCUGGCCCUUCUGGAGAACCUGGUCAGGAAGAGCCCAGAGGUUCUGAAGGAGAAAGAUGAAUUAGGAGCCAGUCCGCUUCAUCACGCUGCCGCAGGGGGCUACAUCAACCUCAUCCACUUCAUCACCAAUGUCAUCGACGCACCAGAGAGGAACAGCUGUGAUGACCAGGGCAACAUGCCGCUGCACUGGGCAGUGGAGAAGAACAGGACAGAGAGCUGCAGGGCUCUGCUGGAGCUGGGGGUCGACCCCAACAUCCUGAACACGGCCCUCCUGUCCCCUCUGCAUCUGGCUGUCAGCCUGGGACACAACGGCCUGGUGGAGCUGCUGCUGACCUACAACGCCACAGACUGUAAUCUGCAGGGAGACCUUGGGAACACCCCGUUGAUUCUGGCCUGCUCCAUCAAUAACUGCGAGGCUCUCAGCAUAUUGAUAGCGCAUGGAGCGCGCCUCUGCCAGCAGAACAAGCUCGGCCAUUUCCCCGUCCACGCUGCUGCCUUUGCAGGAUCAAAAAAAGCCAUGGAGGUGAUCCUGAAGGCCGGUGAGAAGACUGGCCACCAAAUUGAAGGUCAUAUCAACUACUUAGACAAGUCGAGGAGUAGCCCCCUCCAUCUGGCCGUACGUGGGGGGAACACUGAAACCAUCCAACUCUGCAUCAGUAUGGGAGCAAAAAUUGACCAACAACAGAAUGACAGGUCCACGCCGCUUCAUUUGGCCUGCACCCAGGGUGCUACUGAGGUAGUCAAACUGAUGCUGUCCUCCAUUGACCAAGUGGAAGAUGUCAUUAACCUGACUGAUGGGGCAUGUCAGACCCCCCUACACAGGGCUACAAUAUUUGACCACACGGAGCUGGCAGAGUACCUAAUUUCAUUGGGUGCAGACCUUAAUCGUAUUGAUUGUAAAGGGAACUCUCCCCUGCUGCUUGCUACAAGCUGUGGAGCGUGGAAAACAGUGACUCUGCUGCUUACAAAAGGGGCAAAUAUUAACGUGAAAGACAGAUGUGGUUGUAACUUCCUUCACUUGGCCAUCCUGCAGCCUAAAGGUCUGAAAAACCUCCCUGAAGAAGUACUACAGCGUAACAGUGUGAAGGCAUUGCUGAGCUGCGAGGAUAACGAGGGCUGCACCCCGCUCCACUACGCGUGCAGACUAGGGAUCCAUGACUCAGUCAAGAACAUGCUGGGCCUCUCGGGGCAGGUCGGCCUCGCAUGCAAGUCCAAGGACAAGAAGUCUGCCCUGCACUUUGCUGCUCAAUACGGCCGCAUCAAUACGUGCCACAGGUUACUGGAGACCAUCACCGACUCUCGGCUGCUAAAUGAAGGUGAUGAGCGAGGCCUGACUCCACUCCAUUUGGCUUCAAAGGAGGGCCACACUAAAGUGGUGCAGCUGCUACUGCGCAAAGGAGCUCUCUUUCACUGCGAUUACAAGGGCUGGACUUGCCUGCACCAUGCUGCAUCAGCAGGAUACACAAAAACUAUGGACAUUCUCCUGUCAGCCAAUCCAAAACUACUGGAUAAAGUAGAUGAGGAUGGGAACACUGCACUCCACGUCGCAGCGAGAGAGGGUCAUGUGGCUGCAGUCCGGCUCAUGCUUGGCCGUGGAGCAGAGAUUGUCUUGAACAAGAAUGACACGUCGUUUCUCCAUGAAGCCGUGCAAAACGGGAGGAAAGACGUGGUGAACGCUGUGAUUGACAGUGACAGACUAGCUGAGGCUCUGAGACUGUUCAUCCCCGGCUCCGGCCAGCGAUGUCCUAUCCUAGACAUGAUUGAAUUUCUUCCUGAAACCUGCAAGCACCUGUUGGACAGCUGUGUGAGGGAAUCUGAUCACGACCCCAACAGUCCGGACUAUCAUAUCGAGUAUGAUUUCGGAUUUCUCCAAGCUCCUCUGAUCAGGGUGAAAUCGUCUGACAAGACACAGAGAGUUCCUCCUCUGGCUGCUCUGAAUGCGAUGGUGCAGUACAACCGAAUUGAACUCCUCAACCAUCCCGUCUGCAAGAAGUACCUGGCAAUGAAGUGGGUUGCCUAUGGCAGCAAGGCUCAUGUGCUCAAUAUGAUCAUAUACAUCUUAGGCCUGCUGCCCCUCACUCACCUGAUCAUAAAUCUGAGACCCUCCCUGAACAUCACUGAAACAGGCGAGCAUGAAAUCAUCAUGGUGCCCACUUCUUUCAUUGAGCAAAGUGUGCUUUUGUCCGUCUGCAUGCUCAUGGUCUUGGUUAUGAGCAUCUACUCCUUAGUGAAAGAAGUGGUGCGGAUAUUUGAACAGCGCUGGAAAUACUUCAGAGAUCUUUCCAACCACAACGACUGGUUUUCAGCUAUCCUCUGCCUCCUCUUCGUCAUUCCCAUCAUGGUCAAUGCGGAAGGUUCCCUGCACUGGCAAGCAGGGGCACUGGCAGUUUUAAACUCCUGGGUUGGAUUUCUUCUUUAUCUCCAGAGAUUUGAGGGCGUUGGCAUCUAUGUUGUGAUGUUUGGAGAGAUCAUGAAGACGUUGAUGCGCAUAGUAAUGCUGUUCAUGUACAUGCUGUUAGCCUUCGGUUUGGCGUUCCAUGCUCUAAUGCUCAACCAGAAUGAGUUUGACAGUGUGCCGCUCUCAGUCAUGCAAACCUUUGUGAUGAUGGUCGGGGAAAUGAACUACCAAAAUAACUUCCUGGAACCUUAUCUAAAGCGUCAGCUUCCUUUUGGUCCCAUGACUUACUUCAUUUUUGUGCAAUUUGUUCUGCUCAUCCCGAUCCUAUUGGUGAACCUGAUGAUUGGUUUAGCUGUUGGAGACAUUGCUGAAGUACAAAGAAAUGCAGCCCUAAAACGUAUAGCCAUGCAGGUUGACCUCCACACCGCUCUGGAAAACAAGCUGCCUUACUGGUUCUUGAAACAAGUCGACAAACCCUCUUUGAUCAUCUACCCUAACCGCAAGUGCACCAAGUAUUUCUUUAAGACCCUGAUCUUGGGUGAUGAGGAGCAGCAGGAGGUGUGGAGUCGUGUUAAGGCCAAAUCACAGGCUUGCACUUUUCUGCAGACUGAGCUCAUGAAGCAGAAGAACAGGAUGAAGGAGAUGUCAAGCAUGAUGGAGAAGCAGCAGGACCUCCUGAAGCUUGUCAUCCAGAAGAUGGAGAUCACCUCAGAGGCAGACGAGCAUGACGGCCCUGUGAAUAUCAAGAGAAGCAUGUGGCCGAGCCCGAGUCAGGUCAAACCGAGGGGUACCAGCACGUCUCGAUGGGUCCCUCUGAUGAAGGCCAUCCAGGCUAAGAAGUGCUGA